UACAUAAUUAUCAUUUUGCCCUCAUCACUCUGCAGCAGUCUUUACCUGAGCAAGUUCAGUUCCCCUUCUGCAAAUUUGGAAUAUCAGAGAAAACCCUAGCAGUGAAAAAUGGAUGAGGACAGAAUCAUGGAGAUGGAGAGAUACCAGAUCCAGCAGAUUCACCAGCUCGAUCUUGAAGAAUUGGAGGUCGAAGAAGUCGAUCAUCUCCAACACUCUGACUCUGACUCUGACUCUGACUCUUCCCAUGACCACCUUAACCCUACUGGUGACUAUGCUGACACAUCUGGAGAAUUCACUUUCAAUCCCAGUAUAACGUCUUUACACUCAUAUCUUGGUGAUGUUGAAGACACGCGCCACAGGACUGCUUUUUUGGAUGGUGGUGCUAUAUUGAACCUUCCACUAUUUUGUCUCCCAGGAUUUGUACUCUUUCCCGGGGCUACUCUUCCCCUUAGAGUUAUUGUACCCAAAUUUGUCGCUGCUGUUGAAAGAGCUUUGAGUCAAGUUGAUGUUCCUUACACCAUUGGUGUGGUUCGAAUUCACAGGGAUACUGCAAAUCGCAGGAUGAAAACAGAAAACAUUGGGACAACUGCAGAGAUUCGACAAUACGGGCGUCUAGAGGAUGGUUCACUGAAUGUGGUUACCCGUGGACAACAACGAUUUCGCCUAAGACGGUGUUGGACUGAUGUGGAAGGAGUGCCUUAUGGAGAGAUCCAAAUUAUUGAGGAAGAUCUUCCGUUGAGAACUCCAAGGGAUGCUUUUGGCAAAUCAGCACCAUUAAGUAAUAUGCCCUCUAACCAUGCCGUCUCACAUAAGUUGUCUUCAAAGUGUUCGCGUGUUAAAAUGCAUGGGUCAAAAAAUGGGGAAAAUGAUUCAGAAACAACUUCAGAUGAGAGUUUUGUGAGUGAGCUUUCACUGAUGGAAAAGAGAAUCCACCUAUCAGUCAUUGGCUCUAGCAAUGUGCAUGAUAUGAUGGAUGAAUCAGCAAAUAGCAGUGAUGUUGAAUUCAUGCAUAAGUCAGAUCAGGAAAUUAUAUCCAAUUUGGAUGAAACCAAAAAUAUGGAUUCAAGAAUUGGGAAUUGUUCCACUUCCGGAAAGCAGUCAUCCAAAGAAGAUGAUCUUGAUAAAUUUGGUAAAAUUAUUUAUGCCUGCCCGUCACAUAAAAUUUCAAGAGCAUUCUGGCCCCAUUGGGUAUAUCGUAUGUUUGACUCCUAUUGGCUUGCGCAAAGGGCUGCAGAUAUGUGGAGGCAAAUAAUUGGGGUGCCUAGCAUGGAUGGUCUCAUUAAGAAGCCUGAUGUUUUAUCAUUUCAUAUCGCCAGUAAAAUACCUGUGUCUGAAUCUACAAGGCAGCAGCUUUUGGAUAUCGAUGGCAUCGCAUAUAGGUUACGCAGGGAAAUUGAAUUACUAGAGAGCAUUGAUCUUAUCCGUUGUAAAAGCUGCCAGACUAUAAUUGCGAAACGAAGUGAUAUGUUGAUGAUGUCAAGUGAGGGUCCCCUUGGUGCUUAUGUGAAUCCAGGUGGAUUUGUGCAUGAGAUAAUGACUUUUUACAAGGCAAAUGGCUUAGCUCUCAUUGGGCCAGCAUCUACAGAAUACAGUUGGUUUCCUGGGUAUGCGUGGACAAUAGCUGAAUGUGCCACAUGUAAAAACCAAAUGGGGUGGCUUUUUACAGCCAUGAAGAGAAAACUGAAACCCUGCUCAUUUUGGGCGAUUCGUAGCUGUCGAGUUGCAGAAGAAAUACGCGGAAACCUUUAAUUCUGCUGAUGUUGUAGUGGCCAUAUAGUUACAAGUUUGAUACGUAUACAUUCAUAAAUCCCCAGCUAAGUGUGGAAACCCUUGUUCAUGUACCCGGCAUGGUUCUAUUAUGUAUAUGAUGCAAUCUUCAUGUAGCACUGUGUGUGGUGAUAUUAUGUAUAUAAAUGAUGUAUGUUUGCAAUAGCUUGAAAGAAACGAAUCACACAUGAAGACAAUUUUGGAAGCAAAUUUUUGUAACUCUAGCUGUGGUGUAUUCACAGGUUAGAUAAAGAAGCGGCCUAUUUUGUUUUCGUUUGA